GGGGAGUCCGGGCUGCGAGAGCCGAGGGGUCCCGGGGCGCGGCGUGGGGCGGGGGGCGGCGGGGCCUUUCCGCGCCUCGCGGCUCUUUGUGGGAGCGCGGCCCUCGGCUCCGCUCGUGCCCGCGGGCAGCAUGCGGCGGGAGAGCGACUGCGCGGAGGAGAAGGCUCCCGCCAAGGGGGAAGGGGGCGCCGAGGGGGCCGUGCGGGCCCGCAAGAGGAAAGCCGAUGUGGCCACGUUCCUCCAGGAUCCCGACGAAGAAAUGGCCAAAAUUGAAAUGAGUAGGAAAAAGCAAUACGAAAACCAGCUGUCCUGGAAUAACAUUAACAAAGAUCCCCAUAUGCUGAUUCCUACUCCAGAUAAAGAUGAUGAUCCAGUUGGUGUUGAUUACUCUCACUUCAUACAUCUGAAUGUUGCUUCAACUAGAUCUUCACCACUACCAAUUCUGGGCUGGGCAAACAGAGAUGAUGUAUGGAAAAACAUGAUAAACAAAGAGGAGACAUAUGUGAGGGAUAAACUGUAUAUGCAAAGGCACCCUCUCCUGCAACCUAAAAUGCGAACAAUCCUUCUAGACUGGCUAAUGGAGGUUUGUGAAGUCUACAAGCUUCAUAGAGAAACUUUUUAUUUAGCACAAGAUUUCUUUGAUAGAUUUAUGGCAACACAACAGAAUGUUGUAAAAACACUAUUGCAACUUAUUGGAAUCUCUUCUUUAUUCAUAGCAGCAAAGCUUGAGGAAAUUUAUCCACCAAAGUUGCACCAGUUUGCCUAUGUUACAGAUGGAGCUUGUACAGAAGAUGAAAUCCUCAGUAUGGAAUUGAUCAUUAUGAAGGCUCUUAAUUGGAACUUAAAUCCACUGACAGUUGUAUCAUGGCUAAACAUUUACAUGCAAGUUGCCUAUUUAAAUGAGCUUUAUGAGGUAUUGUUGCCACAAUAUCCACAACAAAUAUUUGUACAAAUAGCAGAGCUCUUGGAUCUCUGUGUGCUGGAUAUUGGCUGCUUGGAGUAUACAUAUGGUGUACUUGCAGCUUCUGCUUUGUACCACUUCUCCUCAUCUGAGUUGAUGCAGAAAGUUUCAGGUUAUGAAUGGUGUGAGAUAGAGGAAUGUGUAAAAUGGAUGGUUCCAUUUGCUAUGGCUAUAAGGGAAGUAGGAAGCUCCAAACUCAAACACUUUAGAGGUAUAGCUCCUGAAGACUUGCACAAUAUACAGACGCACAUAAACAGCUUGGAUUUGCUGGACAAAGCUCAAGCAAAACAAGCCAUAUUGGCUGAGCAAAAUAGGACUUCACCUUUUCCCACUGGUGUCCUUACACCACCACAAAGCAGUAAGAAGCAGCCCGCUGGACUGAAGCCGAUAUGACUGUACGAACUGUUUACAGAUGAUUUUGCUGAAGUGCCUGUUCUGCUGGUUCUAACUCCUGCUCCAUUAUGGAAAUGCUGCCGGUGACAUUCAUAAGCUUUUAUGGAAUUUGAAAAGGAAACGUUAUCUUUUUCAUGACAGAAGAUUUUUUUCUAUUUGAAAUAUUUUUAUUGAACGUUAAAAUAUUUUAUAGAAAUGGAUCGAGUACGCCAGCCACUUAAAAGAACACCGAAGAGUGCUCCAAAUGCUGCUAUUGAGGGUGAUGCUUGAUGUGACCAACUGUUCAGAAAAAAAGGCUUAAAGUUUAGGUUAUUUACCGUGCCUGUUUGUCUUUUGAAUAAUCAGCAGUUAUGCAGUUCCCUGUUGACAACUGGGCAAAACGUGCUGUGCAAGGCGACAUUUCAAAGCCUCUUUUUCAAAUGGUUGGCUUACAACCUGAUGCCUUUUUAAGAAAAAUCUUUAUUGUAAAUGCUGCUAUGUCUCUGUGUAUCCAUUUUUAAUAAAAAUGCUGUCUAAGACAGCUGGUUUUAUGUAUAUUCCUAUUUUUCUUUUGAUUAUGGUCAGCUAAGGUUUUUCAGACUGUGACCAGUAGUGUAGUGUGGGAACUGGGUGCAACGAAUAUAGUAACUAUCAUCUUAUUUAUUUAGCACUACUAGCUUACCAAUGGAAGUUUCAUUUUUGGAUAUUAAGAUAAAUUUUUAUGUUGAUUUAGAUUUUUCUUAUUGAGUUGCACAUGAUAAGAGGGGAUAAUAAACGUGACAAGUGUUUGGGGAAUCCUUCCACAACACGUGCUAACAAUCAGUGUGUUCGGAACUUCUUGAGUCAGUGUCUGCAUCAUUGUAUUUAACAGCAAGAAGCAAUGGGGAGAGAAGCUUGCCUUUAUUUUAAAUGUAAUAAUUAAAGUUUUGGGAUUUUGGCAUGUACUUUGACAACAAGUAAUCUGUGCAAAAUUGAAUUCUGGGAUGGCGUGUGCCUGUAAAUCUAUUGUUUAUUGGAAGCAUAGUCCUUGACCUUUAUAGUAUCUGGGAGUUCAUAGUAAGACCAUUUCUGAAGGGAAAUAGAUGCAAAAACAGUUGCUGACUUUUUUUCAUGGUGUUCACUUUGAAGGACUAUUCCACAACACUGAGAGCUUUUGUGGCUAUACCAGGAUUCACCACGUCCUGUAGAUUACUUAGAUGCUACAUUUGUAUUUCUGGAAGCUGCCUCUCUGCUGAUGGUUAAUCUUUCUAAAUGUAAGUUUCCACCAACAUUGCUUUUAAGUUAUUCUCCCUUUCCUUUCUCCCCAACCCAGUAUUCUGAUAAAUGUUAAAGCUCUGAUAUAAUAAAUAUGCCUUCUGUAACUAAUGGUAAGCAAA